UUAAGAAACAUGAACUUUUUUUUCAACAAAAUUAAUUUCUAAUAACUAUAAGCAAGUAUUACCUUACCUAUAUAUCUAUAACAGAUCGUUCUGACCGUCCCAAAGGACAAAACAGCCGCCUCCGCCGGGAUGAGUUUAGUGGCCCGAACACUAGGCGACAAAUGAAGCGUGCAAAAUAUAAAAUCAAAAUACAAGACAAUUUGCUAGUUGACAAGAAACAAAUUGAAAAUAAAAUGCUCUAGCUGUAAAACAUCCAAUAGCAUUUCCGUUCGUUUCGCUGGUAACGGCAUUCGUUGCAAAUGUAACGCCACACAUUUCGAUCGUAACGGUUCGUGAUUCGAAACAAGUGGCACGUAGAUUGGACAUGGCUGGUAUAAUGUUGUUUAGAAGAAAGCAUAUAUAAGAAGGUCUACUGUUGGCUGCCAGUGUCACUGUUACUGUUUUGCCAGUGUUAUCAACAUGUUCAAGAUCAACGCUUUAUUCGCAUUAAUUCUCUGUUGCACCUUCAUUGGUAUGCAAUGUGAUUUAACUGCAUCUUCAUCGUGUCCAUCCCAAGAUGGUUUUGCUUUCGAAAUGUUCAUGCCCACUAUGAAAUUCCUAGAGGAAUGCUGGAAUGCAAAGAGGAUUAGAAGAUCUUGUGCCGAGGUUCCCUGUUCCGGAAUAUACACCAUUCAACCGGAGAAGCCUUUUGAGGAACCGAUGACCGUGCUGUGCGAUCAGGAGUACAAUAAAGGAGGAUGGAUCGUGAUUCAACAUCGCUUCGAUGGAUCGAUGAACUUCUUCCGCAACUGGAAAGAGUACAAGCAUGGGUUUGGAAAUUUGGAUGGUGAGUUUUGGUUGGGUUUGGAUCGCAUUUAUCAUCUGACAGUUGCACGACCACAUGAGGUGGUAUUCCUACUGGAAGAUUUCGAUGGCGUAAAGACUUUCGCCAAAUAUGAUCUGUUCGAGAUUGGAGAUGAGGACGAGAAAUACGUAUUGAAGAAGCUAGGCGGAUAUUCGGGCACGGCUGGCGAUUCUUUAGGUAUUGCUAAUACCAUGAAGUUUUCCACAUUCGAUUCGGAUAAUGAUACGUGGGAAAAACAGUGUGCAGCCGCAUUUACUGGUGCCUGGUGGUACAGCAAUUGUCAUUCAAGCAAUCUCAAUGGAAAAUAUCUCCGCGGAACAACGGCAGAAUAUGCAACUGGGAUGGUAUGGAAAACGUUUCGCGGGUAUUAUUAUUCACUAAAAGUUUCAAAAAUAAUGAUAAGACCAAAGAUGCCUUAGUUGAUUGAUGAUACAAUAUCCUUCAACGCAUAAAACGUCGUUAUUUAACGAAUAAUUGAAAGCAGGAAAAACGAAUACCCAAUAAACCAUUAAAAAGAAUUAAUAAAGGUUUA